GGUUUCCCUCCUUAUCACUUAGAUUCUCUAUCCGGUGGGGCUUAACUCAAGCUUCCUGGAGCGGAGGAAAUCGACGGCAUCGCUUAUCUUCGAGAUGGUGCACCCAAGAUUAGCCCGAAGGACGCCUUCGAGGUUACUUCAGAGAUAGAGAGGCAGGACGAAGUUGACGUCGAGCAAGGAAGAUGAAGUAUAAGUGCGAUCAAGUUAUAACUAUGGUGAUAAAGAAGCGUCUCCUGCUUUGAUCAUCCAGGACUCUUCCUUCCCAUAUCUACAGGCGCGCAGUAAACAUAAUCAAUCAUGGAAAAGAAGAUCACUACUAGCGGUGUUGAUCCCACUACUCACAGCGACGAUGCUGCGAGUGUCGAGGCUGGCAUCUUUGUCGCGACUGAAUAUGCCGGCGAGCAGCCCUCAGGGUCUGCGAAUCAGCUCCAUCGGACAUUCACCUCGAGGCACAUUCAAAUGAUAGGGCUGGCAGGUAGCAUUGGCUCAGGUCUUUUCAUUGGUACAGGCAAGGCUCUUCGUUAUGGCAACUAUCCCGGAAUGUUCCUCGGAUGGACACUCAUUUGCACUCAGCAAUGGAUGCAGAUGCAAGUCAUGUCCGAAGCUUGUGUUAUAUUUCCCACAUCUGGUGCAUUCAUUGACCAUGCGGCUCGCUUUCUUGACCCAGCUCUGGCAUUCGCGCUUGGAGCCUGUGAGUGGUUUGCAUGGCACACGACCCUCGCCGCUGAGGGCGCGGUAUUCAGACUCAUUCUCACAUACUGGACCACCGAAAUUCCCACCGCAGCCUGCAUGACCUUCUAUCUGGCCGUCGUCUUUGCUAUCCACUGCUUACCCAAUAGAUGGUUUGCAGAAGUCGAGUUUGGCACCGCCGUGUUGAAGAUGUUUAUGAUGUUCAUCAUAAUAAUUACGUGUAUUGUCAUGUUGGCGGGCGGUGGGCCUACUGGCACGACUCACCACGCUGAGAACUACACUGAUCUUCCGGCAUUCCCUAAUGGUUUCAAGGGCAUUGCCCAAUGUUUCUUACUAGCCUCCUUUUCCUGCGGGGGCAACGAGCUUCUCGGCAUAACAAACGGAGAGGCAAAGAUGCCUCGUUGGAACAUGCCCAGAGCCAUCAACAACUUGGCAGCGCGGUUGUUCUUUUUCUUUGGCGUCUCGGUCGUCUUUAUAUCCCUCCUCGUGCCCUACACGGACGAACGGCUUCUUGGGCCGUCGAAUAUUGCCGCGUCUCCUUUUGUCAUUGCCAUGAGCGAUGCUGGCAUUAAAGGACUUCCGGACCUCUUGAAUGUGGUUAUUAUCAUUGGCCUUUGUGCCAUCGGAGCGGAGUCGUUAUACAUCACUUCACGUCUCGGAACUGCAAUGGCACGAAUGGGCCUCUUCCCGAAGUCGUUUGGCCAUGUCGACAAAAAGGGCAGACCAUACGUGUCCCUUGCUUUUUCCGCUGGCUUGGCAAUUAUUCUGACCUACAUCAACUGCUCGAAUACCGGUGGCGUCAUUUUUACUUGGUUCAGUUCUGUCGGAUCCACCGUUUACUUCAUUGCAUACCUCGUCGUCGCCGCCACCAACUGGCGUAUGCGGGCAGCAUUCAAAGCUCAAAACGACAAUCCCCUGAUGCUGAAAUAUGCAUACAAGAACAAGGCUUACCCUCUUGGUAGCGUCUUUCUCUUCAUCAGUGGUAUCUUUGUCCUCGCCUCGACGUUCUACAUUUCGCUGUAUCCCAUCAAUCAGCCUAUGGGUGCAGACACAUUCUUCCAGACCUUCCUCUGCAUUCCUCUUUUUCUCACCCUUUGGAUAGGUUACAAGGUCAUAUGCAAGACAAAGUGGGUCGAUCCAGCCAAAGCUGACCUGCAGAGUGGGCGGAGACCUUUGACUGCCGAAGAUAUUGCCUUUUUGGAUGCUUACUACAGCCAACCCAUGUACAAGAGGAUCUUCAGCUAUGUUGGUCUGUGAGUGGAAGUGGUCUGUACAAGAGGAGAGAAUGAGUGGCUGUAUCUUGGUUCAAUUGCAGACUGAUUGGGGGGUCUCCGUGAAUUCGGGUUGGUUUUGUGUAUUCAAUAUGCAAAUCCAUCAAAUGUCUGUUUUGAGAUAUGCCAUAGUGCCUUGCUCUCUAGGAGUUCAUGUAACUGAAACACAGAUAUUCUUCGAUUACACAAAAUACACACAUAUUUACAGCACC